CCCGGUCCAGUUGUUCAGACUGAGCACCAGAGCCGGUGCUGCCUGUUAAUAACUAAGCGGCACCUGCAGGAUGCCGCCCGUCUCCGGGCUCUUCAGCCCCGCACCGGAUUGGACAGCGACCGCGCCACGUCAGCAGCAUCAGCGCGGCUCAGCCAAUCAGAGCGCAGCAGGUUAACGCAAACAUCCCUGAUGCUGCUGCUGUGUAGUAGCAACCCCAGAAACAAGCACUGCUGGUCUGAUCCGCGUGGAUUCACUCCACGAAGAUUAAAGCAGAUCAAUUGAGCCGAUUUAAAAUGUCCCCGCGGUGAUUGUGACCUUUUAAUAGGCGCUGAUUGAAUCGGGAGGAAGAUGGAGGCUCGAUCGAUUAUUGGAGAAAGUACUGAUGCGAUAGUGGUGGAUGAUUCUCCGACUGAAGAGAAGGAGAUUCAGCAGACUGCCCAGAGUUGCAUCCCGGUGGUUUCUCUGUGCCCCCCUGACGGCUCCGUCGAGGCCCAGCUGACUGUCAUCCCCUCUGCAGAGGAGCUGUGUGACAGCUGCAGCAGCCUGGGAAAACCCUCCUCCUCCUUCCAGCUCUACCAUCAGGUCCCGCAGCGUCUUCAGACUGGAGCCUGCCAUUCGCCGUGCCACCUUAAAUGCCCCCACUGCAGCUGUCACGGACCAGUCAAAGCCCGCUGCUGCCAAUCGAACGCAGCGUGUCCUCGCGCAGACGGAGGGCUGGCGGUGAAACCCGGACACGGCUGUGGUUCUGCCCAGCAGGCGUCCUGCCACGGGUCGGCCAGGUGCCACUGGCUGCACGGGCCGAACGAGACCAGAACCAAACCGAAGCAGCGCCAGGUGGUGUCAGUAAGGACUGGAGGAUUUUACUUCAUCAUUAGAAAGUAUUCCCAGCUGUUGGUGGACCGACCGUUACUGGUGCUGCUGGUUUGUGCCGUCCUGCUGCUGGGACUGUCACUGGCUGGACUCUUCAUCGGGUCUCUGCCAGACUUCUCCGAUCCGCUUCUGGGUUUCCAGCCACGGGGAACGUACAUCGGCGUUCGGCUGUCCAGCUUGUCCAGGCUGCAGCAGGAAACCGGCCCGGGAAAAACUCUUUCUGCUGAGCCACAGCAGCUCAGCAAGAGCUUUGCCAAGGCCGGCGCUGUCAGCAGAGACAGUCAUGGCAGUCAGCUCGCCUCCAGAGGUCGUCGUAUUAAGAGGAUGCUGGCCGCUGACUUUUCUCUGGACACUUUCCUCUGUGAUGCUCCAGGCGAGCGCUACGCCCAGCUGGUGUUUCGAUCCGAAAACUCCGCCAGUCUCUGGAGCCUGAAGGCCAUCCACGCCAUGUGUGAGAUGGAGCAGUCCAGGAUUCGGUCCCAGGCUCAGUUCCAGGACCUGUGCCAGCAGCCUGAGAGCGGGGAAGCGGAGGGAGCGCCGAGGAGCGGCUGCUGUCCAAGCUGGUCCUUGGGGAACUACUUGGCGGUUCUCUCCAAUGCCUCCUGCUGCCUCAGCCUUACCUCACAACAGGUCUCAGAGUCUUUGAACCUUCUCCGGAAAUGUGCUCCAUCCUACCACCGAGGAGAUCUGACCUCGGCCUGCGCAGAGAGACUCAUGCAUGGCGGCUGCUCCUCCGUUCCCUCGCGCUGCAAACAAUCCCGCGUUGUGUUCCAGAUCCUGCACUUCCUCGUUGACAAAGACUUUCUCGGCCCCCAGACCGUUGAAUACCAAAUACCGACGCUGAAGUACAGCCUCCUGUUCUUACCCGUCCAGAAAGGAGAGCACAUGAUGGAGAUCUACAUGAACAGCCUUGAAGGAAGAGAUCUGACGUACAAUAACACGACCAUAACCGGGAUAGACUUUGGUAUCAAGAAGACGCUGUUCAAAUAUUACUUGGUGAGAGAUUCAGUGUUCCCGGUCCUCGCUGUUUUAUCCCUCUUGUUCACCAUGGUUUUAUAUCUCCAGUCCUUCUUCAUUGUAGCAUUAUCUGUUCUAGCAAUCACAGCCUCACUCCUGACCUCGUAUUUCUUCUAUAAAGUUGCUUUUCACCUGACUUUCUUCCCCAUGGUGAACCUGGCAGCAGCUCUGAUUCUCUUAGGAAGUUGCUCCAAUCAGGUUUUUAUCUUUACAGAUUUCUGGAAUCUGCAGCUAACGCAAAACCCUUCAGCCUCCCUGGAGAAGAGAGUAAACAGAGCCUUACAGGAAAUAGGCUAUAUUAUCUUAGCUUCAGGCUUGACCUCCAGUGCAGCUUUUUUCUCUGGUUAUCUCAGCAGCAUCACAGCAAUUAGAUGUUUCUCUAUUUAUCUGGGGACUGCUUCCUUUAUCAGCUGUCUGCUGGCGUUAGUGUGGCUGCCGUGCUCUUUCAUCUUGCUUGAGCGCUCCAGGAAGGCGCCCGCUGCGUCUGUAGUGGUGCAAACAUGGAAGCCCCACUGCUCCAAAAACCUGGGUGGCUUCUGGGAAACGAGUUCCCGUAAGAGGUGCAUCUUCAGCAUGAUGCAGAAGCUGAGAGAACUGAAAAGAGGCCUGUCAGACACCUCAAACCUGCUGUUUCUGAAGAUCCUACCCUGUGGGGUUGUGAAGUUUCGCUACAUCUGGGUGUGCUGGUUUGCAGUUCUUGCGGCCGGGGGCACGUACAUGUCCUGGAUUGACCCCGGCAUGAGGUUACCGACUCUGGACAGCUGGGUCGCCCAACUGUUCCGCUCCAGCCACCCUUUUGAGAGAUACGAUGCAGAGUACCGCCACAUGUUUAUGUUUGAGAGGCAGAGGAAUGGGGAGGACAAACCCGUCACUGUUCUGCUCGUUUGGGGCAUCAAACCGACUGAUAAUGGAGAUCACUUUAACCCACAGAGUAACGGGUCCCUGGUUUUUGACCCGAGCUUUAACAUGAGCAGGCCGGACGCUCAGGUCUGGCUGAGAGAUCUGUGUGCAAGGGUCCAGAACCAAAGCUUUUAUUCUGCUCCAACACCAGAAAAUAAAGAUGUCAUGACGGAUAACGUCUGCCUUGUGGAGCAGCUGGUGCGCUGGGUAUCUGUCAGGCGGUGCUCAGGAACCAGUGAUGCCCUUCAUCUCUGCUGUAGCAACAUCCCCUUCCCUUUCCCUCCCAGCGUCUUUGAAAGCUGCCUGAAUAUGAUGCUGGCAGAGAAACACGCCGAGAGCCAUGCGCCUCGUAGUGGAGGCCUGUACUUCCUGCCAAACGGCACGGCAGCUGCCCUGGUUCUGGAGUUCCAGACCACCCAUCUCUACAGCUUCAACUUUAGCAGAACCAGUGGUUUUUACAGGGAAAUCCUGACAUGGUUCAACAAAGAAAUGUCAGGAGCCCCACAAGGGCUGGAGGACGGCUGGUUCAUCAGCCAGCUGUCUCUGUUCGAUCUACAACAGUCUCUAAGUUCUGAGACUCUGGUGGUCGCUGGGGUCUCUGUAGCUCUCACGUUUAUUCUGCUGCUGCUAACCACCUGGAAUAUCCCACUUAGCUUAUAUGCGACUGUUGCUGUAGGAGGAAGUGUGUUCGUCACUGUUGGACUCCUCGUCCUGCUUGAGUGGCAGCUGAGUGGCGUCGAGGCCCUGCUUAUAUCCUCCGCCGCAGGGCUUUCUGUUGACUUUGUAGCCAACUUUUCCAUUUCCUACAGCUUAGCUCCUCAUUCGGACAAGAUAGGAAAAGUGGCACACUCCACUAAAAGAAUGGGAUGCCCUGUAGCAAUAGUUUCCGGUGCAUUUUUCUUCAUGGGCAUUGUCAUGCUACCAGCCACUGCCUUACACUUUAGAAAAAUAGGGAUUUUCCUGUUUCUGGUGAAAUGUGUGGCGUGUGGAUUUGCAACCUUCUUUUUUCAGUCCCUGUGCUGCUUUUGCGGGCCACAGAGAAACUGCGGGAGAAUCACGCUGCCGUGUUGCUCGGAGGACACAGACGGGGUGCUGACCUCCUGCUCCGAGCCUGGCCCUUCGCCUGCUGCCAACGGGGCUUUUGGCAGAUCUAGAGGGAGGCGGAGUUAUGACAAAGAGGCAGGUGGUUACCUCUACCCCGACCACCAGCGUCAGCACAGACACAAACAGACCGGAGGAGGAGGUGGUUUGCACAGGGGCGCAGAGCAAUACGAGCUGCAACCUCUGGCGUAUCGCCUCAGCGACAGCUUCGAAAACAGCACCUGUACCAGCAAGCUGUCCAACCAACCCUCAGUGCUCUCGGAUGAAAUUGAGUUUUGUGGGGUAGAGGUGAGCAAGAAGGAUUUGGAUCCGGCCCUUCAAACCUCAUCCCCUUACAGAGAAAAUACCCUCCGCCAAGCAGGCCAGGUGCAAGAAGAUGUAGCUACUGGAAAUCUGCUGUGUAAAACCUGCAGGGGUCAAUCAGUUGUGGGGAAGCAAUGGAGCAAUACGUCUUACUCCUCAUCAUCGAGCAUAGAGGAAACCAUCAUCAGCCACACAAUGGAGACCACAGACCAGCAGUCGUUCUGCAAGGAUGAAAAUACCACAAAGGAGGGUCACAAUCAGCACUUCCCAUCUCAGAGCUCCUGCGAAGGCCUGGAGGAUUCCUGCGAAACAUGUCUGAGUGACAUUGAGGCAGGGUCUUCAAACCCACAGCAGGACGAUGGAGAGACGGCGGCUCAGCUGCAACCAGGACACCUCAACGGCAAGAGAGACACGCUGAGGCUCUCGCUGAAGGAAACAGUUUACGAGACGAAGGACCGCAGCAGCCGCAGUGAAGAAGUGGUCAUCUUACCCAACAGCAGGCCGGACCUACCAGAUGUCUGGAUAAAGCGAGACGGACAGCGGGAGGAUGCAUGUUGAGCAACACGUUGCUGUGGAUUCGCAGUCGUCCAGGACAUCUCAAUGCUAAGUGCUUGAAUUGAAGACAUCAGGACUUAU